AAUAUAAUUAUACAACAGAUGUAAUUAUUAACUGAUGCUUAAUGUUUACCAAGGAAAUAUAAUUCUAGUCUAAGAAUAUAAACAAAACCACUACUAAUAUUUCAGGAACAUUUGGAUCUGUCUAAUGUAUGUAUUGCUGGACAUUCUUUUGGAGGAGCCACAACUAUUAUGGUCCUUGCUAAAGACAAAAGGUUUAGAGCUGGAGUGGUGUUGGAUGGUUGGAUGUUACCCUUGGAGGACAAUAUUUAUGCUCAAGUUACUCAGCCAGUUUUAAUGCUUAAUACAGAAACCUUUCAGUGGAAAAGAAAUGUCCUGAAAAUGAAAAACCUUGAAUGCACACAACAAAACAGAAUUAUGUUGACAAUAUUAGGAACUUGUCACCAAAGCAGCACAGACUUCCAGUUCCUUUGCAACCACUAUAUGGGUCGGAUCAUGAAAUUCUGUCACAAUUUAGCACCAAAGGAUGCUAUAGACAUAACUGGAAAAAUAGUGCAAGGAUUUCUUUGUAAAAUUAUUGGUAUUACUGAUAAAGAAUUACGUGAAGACUUGCUGACAGGAAAACAUGAAUGGCUUAUCUGUGGAACCAAUGUAAAUUUGGAAAAAACUGAUCACUGAAAAUCAUCUGUGAUAAAAUGUUGCAGGUUUUCUUCAGACAGUUCAACACAAUGUAUCAGAUUCCCUUUAAACAGUUCAACACAUAAUAUCAGGUUGUUGAAAGAAAAAAGAGACAGAAAUUAAUUGGUUAUUUCUACAUUAUAUUUUCUUAAUUUGUAAAAUUAGAAAAAAUUUUGUGCAAGUAAUCAUUCCCCUCCAGUCUUCACUAAUUAAAAAUCAUGGUUCAGAUAAAUCUAAAGUAAUAAAAAAGAGAUUAUUGGGUUUAAAUAUUUUUUCUCAAAAUUUACAGUUGUUAAAUAAAGAUAAAUUUUUACUGA